AAUUCUUCCUAUGACCUGCCUAAUAGAGCCCGGCGUCUAGAUCGUUUUGUCCACAAAUAUCGUUUCGGUGUUAUCACUAUUUAGUCUCUUCUUGCCCAGCUUUUCUCGUCGCUUAUAAUUUAAUAUGUCCAAGUGUAUUGUUCAGCCCGCUCCCGACUUCAUCCCUAUUUCACUUAGUUCGGCCUUGUUUCAUUGGCGCCUCCGUUACUUUUUAUAAUAUAUUGUAAUCGCUAUACUGUGGUUCUCUGCAACAUGCAAGCGGAAAUUUUCUCCUAUCCACCCUUAGGACAGGUGACAAAGGUGACCGUGCCUGAAGUCAGCUUUACCUGCGUUCUGAAUCUUGAUCUGCAAUGCAUGACCGGUGAUUGGCAAGUUUUGCUUCGCUACACGUCUAUCGGCUCCGAUACAUGGCAAGAAGAUAUAUUGACACGUUCCGAGAGGCAUAUUCUCAAGUCACAGGGUCAGAAAGACCCAACAAGAAUCCAGUUGUCAUUUGAGACAAAGAUAUUGAUUACAGCGGCUAUUCGAUUCGAAACCAGGGCCAGACAUGGCUCCAAAGGAGCUUGGAUAACGGCCCUGGGAGAUUCGAAGCUUGAUAGUAUCGUGACGCUCGCAGACGUGACUGACUCACGAAAUCAGAAGCUACUUGACAUCAACGACUACAUAAGCGAUCUCAACCCUGAACUUCGGUCAAGACUGCUGGGUAAUGAUUUGAAGUCCAACGUCACCUCCUGGAUAGUCGAAGUGCCAGUAGAGGCCGCUCAAGGUGAGGCGGCACAUAUGACACAAGUUAUGUUUGGAAAGCCAUUUGGUGGUGAGUUUCUGAGUUGGUUCGCUAUAUCACGAAAUACGACCUCCUGGAUGGCACCUCGCCAAGGCCGGACCUAUUUCAAGCUAGACGUCGCCGCAAUUCUCUGCUCCUUUGUCAGCGUUCAUGGUCAACAUCUUAUUGUUCUUGGAAUCAGCGGCUUCGAGAACGUUAUGGCCAUUUUUGGUGACGACAAUGGAGGAGCUCUGAUGAUAAAGAUUCGCAAUGAACGUGAAGCGCCGGGUCUUGGUAGAGUCAUCCUAGCUGUCGGGAUAAAUUUCGAGGAGACUCUCGCCUAUGCUUUGAGCCAGGCAAGAGCAAUGUUUACAAACACAAGCGGUCCUAACAACUCAUGGGCAAGCAACCCUAUUCCGAAGCUUAGCCGGGAUUGGGCUGAUCAUUGGAUGAACGGGCUAAUCUACAGCCCUUUUAGCAGCGUAGUCCAGAAAAUUUCAUUGCAUGAAAUUAUGGAUGGCUUAAAAGACCUUGAAGCAAAAGGGAUUAUUGUUAGCAGCUUGAUUCUAGAGAAUGGCUGGCAAAAAGUCGACCAAAACGCUCCAUCUCGAUAUCAUGCUGGACUGGUAGACUUUGAUACUGAUCCGGCAGCCUUCAAGUUGGGUCUGAAGCAUGCUAUUACUGAUAUAAAGGGCCAACACAGAUCAGUAAGAAAUAUCAUUGUCAAUCAUCCGAUCUUCGGGUACUGGGGUGGGGUCUCCGAGGACCCAAAUGGACCUCUCAGACAGUCUUACGAAAUCGUCCAUGUACAGCGAUCGGAGACAAUUCAGCCAGGCCCCAAAACGGUCCUUUCUUUGGCGUUGGUCUCGUCACGGGAUGUGAAACGAUUUUUCAAGGAUUACUAUAAGUUCUUAUUGUCCUGUGGUGUUAGUGCCGUCCAAACUGAAGGUAUCUAUAUGCUGGAAACGUUGAACUCGGCAGUCGAACGCUGCGCCUUAUCGGAAAGUUAUCUAGACGCACAAUCUGCAGCGUCUUUAGAGUAUUUCCCAGGUGGCACAUUGGCUAGCAUGUCCUUGUCACCCAGCGCUCUGUUUAACAGCCUGAAAUCAACUCAAGCUGGGCAACAAGUUGUGAGGAACAGUGCCAUCUUUCCUGACCACAGAAAACAUGUAUUCAAUAACGCUGUUAAUGCUUUGUUAUCCAGAGCCAUUGGUAAUAUCCCUGAUUGGGGCCCAGUGCAAAGCACCAAAGAUAAUGGCGCGUUCCAUCUGGCUGCAAGGGUCAUUUCAGGAGGACCCAUCCAGAUAAAAUCGUUUGAUGGUUCCAGUGCCGCGGAUCUCGAUGUCGUCAGACGUGUGAGUGGCCGCACAGCUAACGGAAAGAUCGUGGUUCUUCGACCUACUGGAAUCGGCAGAACAGUGAACCCAUACGUUGGCUUUGAAGACUGCGUGCUGCUCAAAAUUGGGAAUACACAUGUCAUUGGCACACUAGUCGUUUCCAUACUCGGUACCUUCAACGUGUCAGAUCGAGCACUCUCAGAGAUUCUUGACAUCAAAGACUUCCCUGGUGUGGAUCCUGCCAAGGAAUACCUCGUGACGUCGAAUUCAGGCAUAAUUGGUAACAGUCUCAAGGUCGACGGCCAGUCUUUGAUUUUAGUAAACCUGGAGCCGUCAAGCUACGAGUUUCUGUGUGCAUACCCUUUGACGACACUAACCAAUCCGCAAAGCGAGACUACCAUCCACGUAGCCACUCUAGGUGUUCGAGAAAAGUUACUGGGUGCGGCUGCAAUUCUGGAUACUAAUUUCAGUAUUGAGAAAGGCCUACUUGGUUUCAGGGUGGUUUUGAAAGUCCUUGGAGCCUUGGACCUGUAUAUCUCCGACCUCCCAAGACGUACAAUCAAAGAGGGAACAUGCAAUUUAACCCUCCAGGGUCGAAUUGUUACUCCCAGUAUUCAGACGAUCAGGGUUACAGAUCGCAUUCUAAGAUUAGAUUUGGAGUCCAUUUGGAGCGAGCAAAAGAUCGAAAGCGAGUCGGACGAGAUCUAUGUUGAAUUUACAAUACCAGAAAUUUGACUAGCUUCAUCUAAAGAUAUGUUAGUCAUAAGUGGAAUCACAUAAAAGCCAUAGAGAGCUUCUCAACAAAACGAGCAACUAUAUUUUAGUUGAG